AUGGUACAACGAUUGAAACAUCCCUCAGGAAAGAAAUUUAAGCCACCACUGAAGAGUCUAGAUCCCACCGAUGUGAAAAUUGAUGAGAUUUCAAAGAUUCCUUCAAACAAGUCUUCAAACAACAACACUAAUCAUCAUGCAACGUCGACCACCGAUACAACGAUUUCUCGACAACCAUCUCACGGAUUGAAACAACAAACCCUCGAUCAUUCCUUUGCCAAAUCAUCAUCCACCACUACAACUACUACGAGCACAGCACCCUUGAUCAAGAAAACUCCUUUCAGAACUCCAUUCAAAACACCUUUCAAGACUCCUUUCAAAGAAGCAGGUACUUUAACGAACAAGACAACAUCCACGACAACCACUUGCUCUUCAUCCAACACGCAUUCCUCUUUGAAAAAGAAACAGCACGUCGUAGAGAAUGAAGAAAGUCAAGAUGAUUCAAUGGAGUCGACAACAAGUAGUGAUACCGAGGACGAACAACCUUCCCCGAAAUCAAAGGCAAAGCCAUCAUCCUCCAGUAAAUCCCUCACAACAACAGCUACCACAACUUUACGAACCAAAACAUCAUCAAUACAGAAAGAGAAAUCCAACAAUAACUUUUCAACCCCAUUUCAGAAACAACCUUUGCCUAUUGCACCAUCCGAUCGUCCUUUGAAAAUUCCUACUGAUAGUAGUACUAUUACUUAUUUCAAUGGUUCAUCAGGUUCAGAAAAAGGAUUAAUUAAGAAUUUAAUAUCCUUACCUCCAAAAUCCCAAUCUUUGGAAGAAGAACCUCAAUCUUCCAAACCAAAAUUAUCUUCUCAACAACAAGAUCAACCACCACAUCCAUCCAAUUCCUCAUCAUCCUCUCAUCCAUCCAAAUCCAGCCAUUCAACAACCUCCAUUUCUCUUUCGUUAGAGGAAACUCAACAACAUGAAGACUAUGCCUCGACACACCCAAGUCCUCCACUCCAACAACAACGACAACAACCAGAAAUUGUAAUUGUUGAGAUUUCUGAUUCAUCUUCCUCAUCACAUUCACAAUCGAGUUCUGGAACUUUAUCAAACAGACACACGAGCUUUUCCAAAGUUAAAAUUCCUGAUAAAUUUAUGUUUGAACCUCAAAAGCAUGGGGCUACUGACACAACGAGCCUUUCUAACAAGGAGAAUUUGGACACCAAACGAUCCAUAGGUUCACCUAAAAAGAAGAAGUAUUCAUUCAAAUCGUUGGACUCUCCAGAAGAAGAAAAAGUUUCUGAUGAUAUCUUGGCCAUUGAUUUAUUUCCCUCACAUCACGAGAAACAACCACUUGCCUCACAUCAAGAAAAGCAACCAUUAAUGAAUACCAGCAGUGGUAGUGGUAGUAUACUAGAUGCAGCAAUAACAACAACACCCUCGUCCUCUUUCAAAUCUCCAAGUUUGGGAAUCAAGUGGCAAACCAAACGGCGAGCGAAGGAAAAGCCCAAACGUAUUCCUCAAGGUACACAAUCGAAAAUUUCCAAAUACUUUUCUAAAAACAAGAGAAGUUGUAAUAAUUCUCAGGGAGCAUGCUCUUCUGGUUCCUCUUCUUCUGAGAAUAGUCAAGAAGAAGUUUCCUCACACAGUAGAAAACGAAAACAAAAACCAAGUCCUGUGUCGUCACAUCAUCCACUGCCUUCUCCUUCAAUGAAUGGUCAGAACAAUCGCUGUAAUAGCAGUCCAAUGACUUGUGAUGCUUUCACUAAAGCAACAACAACAGCAGUGAUCACUGCUUCACCCUCAAUCAUGUCUCCAGAGAUGAAAAAAGUGAAACAUAUUCCAACCUCAGCUCAAAAGAGUCCAAUGCAAGUCGGUGGAGACAUCAUGAUGGAUUGUGCUGUAGUAACACCAUUGAAAGGCGAUGAAGAGAAAUUGCAGUCCUCAGAUUUGAAACUUUUCCUGAACUCCAAUUCGAAUACUCCACUUCUUCUUUGCAAUGCGAAAGAUGAAGAACAAGCUCCACUGAAACUAUUCGCUUGUGUGAUGGAAACAUCGCCUGCCAUGAAAUUUACUCCUGUGAGCACAAAACAUUCCACAUCCAUCCAUCACAACACCAAAGGAAUUGUAUUACCAGAUUCAUUAGAAGAUGAAAAUGAGGAAACGAACAGUAGGGAAUCUUUACUGAGCUGGCCUUCACAAACGUCAUCAUCGUGUCACGAUGAAAGUCAAAUGAUGGCGUUUUCUCCUCACGAACCUGGGGCCCAGAAUAGUAGUAAUAGUGGCAUGAAUCGACUCUUGGAGAGCAGAAACGUCCAUAACCAUAGCAUGGACGAAUCUCCAUUGCAUGUUCUUCUUCCUCCAAAACAAGUCAAGUCAAGUUUGUCACUUUCUCCUCUCAUUGAUAUUCUGAAUGACAAGACCUCUUAUUUGAACCGAAAAAAUCAUAACAACAUGAACACAAUGACGCCAAUUAUCAUCGAUAUUGAUGAAACUCAAAUACCAGAAAAUGAAAUUUCUUCACCAUUAGCUGAUCCAUUAACAGGUAUUGGAACAUGCACGAAUAAGACUAAUAUUACUUCCUUGACCCAUAACCAUAACAACAGUGUGAAACGGGAAGAAUUCGACGAGGAAAGUACCUCUCUAGAUUUUGCAGAAAAAGUUUCACUCACCCCACCACUUCAAAAGAGUCCUCAAAUUCCAAAUGUUAAAAACUCGUCAACAACCACUACUGGUUUUCUGAAUUAUUCAUAUAGUAUUGAUCUUGGAAUGACUCCACAACUUGAUACCUAUUAUUUCCCAAUGGACUCGACGGGCAAUAAGAAUAUGAUAACUAUGAAUGAAUGUUUAGAGGUCAUGCAUGACACUUGUGGAAAGUUGUCACACGCCACUACAUCAGAGUUCUCAAAGCCAACCAAAACACCAAUUAAGGCCAAAGCGUUUGGGAGAAGACCAUUCCGACCACUACAUCAGUACAAUUCCACAGGACAGAAGAAUAGCAAUCGAAAUGCAAACGGUGAGACCAAAGAAGACAAUCCCACCGAACCACCACCAAUGAAGAUCAAAGAAGAAACUAUGUUAAAUGUGAUUGCCUCCAAUAUGUGUAUGAUGGAAUCAGCAACAUCGUCUGCUCGUGAAAACACAUCUUCCUCUCCAAACAACGACAAUGCAUCAGACAGUAUUGCCCUUUCCUUAAUACCUCUUAAUGGAAAUUUGCGAUCACCUCCAUCGUUUAGCUCUUCUGAGAAUUCUCUUUGA